UAAAAAUGUAAAUCUCCUUUUGUACUACUAGUCCCGCCACCGCCUCAGCUUCCUCGUCUCCGCCCCCGCCGCCGCGACCUCCGCCGGCGCCGCGUCCUCCUCCUCCGCGAGACCCAGCGCAGCCGCCGGCCGUCAUGGCUCGCAACAAGGAAGCAUUGGUUUUGCUGUUGGAUGUUGGACCAUCGAUGCAUGGUGUGCUGCAACAAGUUGAGAACGUCUGCUCCACCCUUGUGCUUAAGAAGCUAGUUUAUAAUAGGAGUGAUGAGAUUGGUGUUGUCCUUUUCGGAACUAAAGAAACAUGCAAUGAACUUGCAAAGGAGCUUGGGGGCUAUAAGCAUGUGGUGGUUGCGCGUGAUAUUAAAGUUGUUGAUGAAGAAACAACACAUGCUCUACAAAACCUUCCUAGGGGAACUUCCCCUGGUGAUUUUUUGGAUGCAAUUGUUGUUGGUUUGGAUAUGCUGAUAAGGAAAUUUGGAAAUAUGAAAGGUAAACAGCGUAUGUGUCUAAUCACUGAUGCACAACAUCCAUUAAGAGAUCCUCCCCAAGGAACAAAAAAAGAGCAGGUGGACACUAUUGCAGACCAGAUGAAAAAACACGAAAUGAAGAUGGACUGCAUUGUUUUCAGAGAAUCUGGAGUUCUUCACAAUGCUGUAAUGGAUGAAAAUGACCAAUUAUUAUAUCACUUCAGAGAAAGGUCAGUAGCAAAGGUAGUUCAGGUUGACAGCCCGACAUCGCUCUUAGGUGCUCUCAGGACUAGAAAUAUACUUCCAGUUACUGUCUUCAGGGGAGACUUGGAAGUGAGCUCUAACUUCAAAAUCAAGGUGUGGGUCUACAAGAAAACAUCCGAGGAGAAAUUCCCCAGUUUGAAGAAGUAUUCUGAUAAGGCUCCUGCUAGUGAUAAAUUUGCCACUCAUGAAGUCAAAGUGGAUUAUGAGUACAAAAGUGUUCUAGAACCAGACACUGUUGUUCCACCAGAUCAAAGAAUUAAAGGAUAUCUUUAUGGUCCACAAGUAGUUCCUAUAUCAUCUGCUGAAUGGGAGGCUGUUAAGUUCAAACCUGAGAAAGGUGUGAAGCUUCUAGGUUUUACUGAUAGAUCCAGCAUAUUUCGGCACUAUUUUAUGAAAGAUGUAUUCUCCUUUGUACCAGAACCAGGAAACAGAAAAGCAGCUGUUGCUGUUUCUGCCUUAGCUAGAGCAAUGAGUGAAAUGGACAAGGUUGGAAUUUUACGAUGUGUAUGGAGGCAAGGUCAAGGGAAUGUUGCUUUGGGUGUAUUAACACCAAACAUUUCAUCAGUGAGAAAUGUUCCGGAUUCUUUUUACUUCAAUAUACUUCCAUUUGCUGAGGAUAUCAGAGAGUUUCAGUUUCGGUCCUUCAGCAGCCUGCCAGCAUCAUCUCAGCCUACCGAGGAACAGCAGGAAGCUGCAGAUAACCUGGUGAAGAUGUUAGAUCUUGCACCACCUGGAAGGGAGGAGAUCCUUAAGCCUGAUUUCACACCGAAUCCCAUGUUGGAGAGAUUCUACAGUUUCCUUGAUCUCAAGUCAAAGCAGCCUGAUGCAAAUGUCCCACCACUCAACAAAUGUCUAAAGAGGAUCACUGAACCUGUCAUUGAUUAUCAAGCACCGCUGAUAAAAAAGUUAGGCAAUGCAUUUGAGCUGAAGGAGAACCCCAAGAAAAAGAAAGCACGGACGCAGGACAGAUUGACUUAUACUGGUGCUGAUGAUCAAACUAAAUCAUUAGAUGAGCUUUCUGCAGAGAAGGCUGGGGUUUUGGAAGCUCUAUAUCCUCCAAAAGAGAAGGUUGGGGGGAUUGGCGAUCAUAGUCCUGUCCAAGAUUUUGAAGCGAUGCUAUCACAGAGAUCUAGCUCAGCGUGGGUUCAGAAGGCAAUUGAAGAGAUGCAGAAGUACAUAACUGCUUUAAUACAGGAUUCCCCUGACGGGGAUUAUCACCGAAAGGCACUGGAGUGUCUUGCUGCUUUACGGAAGGCCUGCAUUAUUGAACAGGAACCAAAGGAGUACAAUGGAUUCCUAACUAAGCUCUGUCAGGAAUUUAGGGCGGUCGAUGAUGCAAAAUUUUUUCAGCUUCUCUUGUCCAAGAAUGCUUCACUUAUAAGCAAAGAAGAAGCACCUGAUAGCGAUGUGACGGAAGAGAUGGCGAGAAACUUUUGUCUGAAAUCCGAGCCGUCCUCUCAGUAGCAUCGAGUUCUGACUUCUGAAGGCCUGGAC